CUGGGCGACGGAAACACAAGCCACGCUGUUGUAUCGCGUUAGAAAGAACCAACUCACCGAGAGGAAGAGGAUAAAAAGAAAAAGUUGCCAUUUAAUAUAACAUUUAGAUGGAUAUAAAAGAGGAGAUGUGUGCGGCUGACAUAAAUAUCAUGGAACAAAGGACUAUAAAUGUUAAGGAGGAGGACUGUGAGUGGGAGUAUGUCCACCCUAAACAGGAGAGUCUGGGCAUUAAAGAUGAGGACUGUGAACUGGGGUCAGUGGACAUUAAAGAAGAGGCUGAAGAGACGUCUGUCAGCAGUGCGACUGACAUCCAUACAAAUGUGGAGAGUGUCAAGGAAGACGACCUUCAUUAUGGACAUCAAGAUGAUGCAGUGACCGCGUUAGCCUCUAGUGAAAGCACACACUCUUCAUCUCCAGAGUCCUCUGUUAAUGUGAAGUCUGAAUCAUUGCAGUCUGACACAGAAGAGAGUGAAGAAACUUCAUCUGUUAGAACUCGGAAAGAUCAGCCGCUGCUUACAAAGAAGUCCAGAAAAAUUGGCGCAGCGAGGGGCUCACACGUGACUACUCCAGAGCAUUCGAAGGGAGGACAGUUGACCAAAAGAAAUAAAAAAGAAGGAAUCAAAUACCAUUCCUCUUCACAGUGUGAUGAAGAAGUCGGUAAAAGGCGUAAACUUGGGAGCAUCCACACGGCAGAGAAGCCAUAUUGCUGUAAUGAAUGUGGCAAACAGUUUUCACAAAGAGGCCAUCUGCACACCCACAAAAGAAUUCACACAGGAGAGAAGCCAUAUUGCUGUUCUGAAUGUGGCAAACAGUUUUCACAAAGAGGGCAUCUGUACACCCACAAAAGACUUCACACCGGCGAGAAGCCAUAUUGCUGUUCUGAAUGUGGCAAACAGUUUUCACAAAGAAGCUACCUUCAGAGCCACAAAAUAAGUCACAUGGGAGAGAAGCCAUAUUGCUGUAAUGAAUGUGGCAAACAUUUUUCACGAAGAGGCCAUCUUCAGACCCACAAAAGAAUUCACACAGGGGAGAAGCCGUACUGCUGUUCUGAAUGUGGCAAAGAGUUUUCACAAAGAAGCCAUCUUCAGAUCCACCAAAGAAUUCACACAGGGGAGAAGCCAUAUUGCUGUACUGAUUGCGGCAAACAGUUUUCACAGGGAAGCUACCUUAAGAGCCACAAAAGAAUUCACAUGGGAGAGAAGUCAUAUUGCUGUAAUGAAUGUGGCAAACAGUUUUCACAAAGGAGCUACCUUAAGAGCCACAAAAGAAUUCAUACAGGGGAAAAGCCAUUUUGUUGCUCUGAAUGUGGCAAACAAUUCUAUCACAAGAGUGGUCUUCGGAGCCACAAAAGUAUUCAUAUAGGAGAGAAGCCGUAUGGCUGUAAUGAAUGUGACAAACGGUUUUCACAAAAAAGGAACCUUCAGCUCCACCAAAGAAUUCACACAGGAGAGAGGCCGUUUUGCUGUAAUGAAUGUGGUAAACAGUUUACACAAAGAAACAACCUUAAGAGCCACAAAAGAAUUCACACAGGAGAGAAGCCCUAUUGUUGCUCUGAAUGUGGCAGACAAUAUGCCUCUUUAAGCAAUCUGAAGAGACACACUGCACUUCAUGUGAGACAAGGAGGAAGCCUUGAAGGAGUAAAUUGUCAGGUGAAGAAGGAAGAAAUUUAACUCUCCCAGCUAUUCAAGUCUUUAUAAGUACCUUUAUGUGGUGGGCUUGAUUGUAUAAGAUCCAUACCCAGUCUCAUCAAGGUAAACCUACUGUAAGGCUUUAAAAAGAAUCCAAGAAAAUAAUUCAUUCUGGGCACUCUCCUCGGAUAAACUGGUGCCCACCCUCUGCCUGAGCACCGUAGAACAAAGUAGGCAUCGCCCAUUCAACUAGGCCUUAGUGGCACUCCAGGCCUGUUAAGAAAGCAGAUUUAUCAGGGAUGCAGGCAUCCAGCUGCACCUCCGCCAUUUGCAUCUCAAGCUAAGGGACUGAACUCCAGCUUGUACCAGUAUCUGCCUGAACAUCUUCUGAUAAUAAAAGUGUAAAUCUGAUGUUAAGUUGACAUCUUUCCAGAGGCCCCUCUGCAGACUUCUUGAGGCAGAAGGCGCAAAAUAAACUCAAGCAAGAAGAGCUGUAAAUUGAUGAAUGAUGACUCUGAAGGACAGAAGAACUCGCCCAUGAGAACACACUGAUGUUGUAACUGGAAGCAACUUUAAUCCAAUCAGGAGAAGUUACACAUUGCCUUCAAACUAGUUACACUCAUCCCAUCCUGGAUAUUCUCUGGACACACUCACUGAACUCCUUGGUUAUUCUCUCAGAGAAAGGGGGGACUCUUCAAAAUGACAGAAAACGUCUGAAUGUUAAAGCUGAUGAGACGUUCUGUGUUUGGGGAGCAGAGAACUGACGAUCUCUUUCUCAUUUUGAUAAUCUCUCUGCCAAGCCAAGCCGUGGGCUGAAAAGGCUUAGAAGGGAAGGGAAUGUCAUCAUCUAAACUCUUGUGACAGAAAGACUAAUGCUGUUUGUGAAGUUGCACAUGACACAACAAAGGGCCCAAGAGCAGAAAGCAAGCGGAGAAAGUGGCAUCAACGAACACCACAAACAAAGGAUCAUGAACAGUAGGAGUGCACUCCAAUGCAAGGAGGAUCCUCCACUUGAACUUGGAGAAGGAAAAACUCCACAGAACAUCAGACAUCACUGUUAAAGACUUGGUGUCAUAAAACUAUUUAUCUGUGCCAUGAUAAAUUAGAACUCUAAACAUCAAUUAAACAGCCAGCCUCUCUGUUAUAUGUUCGUCAGUCUAGUGUGUCUGCAUCCUGUCUUACAUGUCAAAAUAUAUUAUGUAGUUAUCACAUUUCUAUAAUCCUUGUGUUUAACAAUAAAUUGUAUUAUCCUGUGCUUAAGUUGCCUUAAAAUAAGUCUUAAUAGCUGGUGACCUGCCUCCUACAAGAAAGGUAGGUAAGGGAAAGAAAGUAGGAGCCUUACCGAGUUAUUUGAGUAAUUACCAGAAAAGAUUCAUAAUUAUCCAAAUUAAAAGUAAUUGUUCCAAUUCCACUGUUUGUUGGAGUCCCAAUGGGUGGGUGUUUUAUUUACGAUCAAUUCCUACAUCCU